GUCCGACUCUGACACGCUUCCACUCCAUUAAAAAGCCCGUUGUCCCUAAACCCAAUCCCGAAUUCCCCAAAGUCCCCGAGACAAAAUCGCCCUCGCGUUAGGUUAGGGCGAGGCGUGAGUAGAUUGGAUUUCGAGCUCAGCACGCGGCGGCCAUGGAGGACGAGGAGCACGAGGUGUACGGCCAGGAGAUCCCCGUCGACGGCGAGGACGUCGACAUGGGCGCCGGGGGCGACGACGCCGCCAAGCUGCACGAGCUCGACGAGAUGAAGCGCCGUCUCAAGGAGAUGGAGGAGGAGGCCGCUGCCCUCCGCGAGAUGCAGGCCAAGGUCGCCAAGGAGAUGCAAGGCGGAGAUCCUAACGCGACCACAUCUGAAGCAAAAGAAGAGAUGGAUUCUCGUUCUGUUUUUGUUGGAAAUGUUGACUAUGCAUGCACUCCAGAAGAAGUGCAGCAGCAUUUUAAUUCCUGCGGAACCGUCAACCGAGUGACUAUCCUGACUGACAAGUUUGGGCAGCCUAAAGGUUUUGCUUAUGUUGAAUUUGUUGAAGCAGAAGCUAUCCAGGAAGCUGUCAAGCUGAGUGAGUCAGAGCUUCAUGGUCGGCAAAUCAAGGUAGCACCGAAGCGAACUAACGUUCCUGGGUUGAAGCAGCCCCGAGGGGGCCGAGGAUUCAACCCAUAUGGCGGCCACCCCUACAUGAGGCCAUAUCCUCCACCGUUUUACAAUCCUUAUGGUGGUUAUGGGAGAGCUCCCAGGUUCCGCCGUCCGCGCAGGCCUUUCUACUAAGUUGUGGCUCUACUGGAGUUCUGUCAACACAUGACAACACUAGUCUUCGAUCGAUCUCAAGCCAGUCAGAGAACUCAAAUCCUUACACCGUGUUUCAUUAUUUCACAGAAGGAUAUGUGAUGGUUGUUGUGUAAUCUACUGUGUUGUGUUGAAAAAUGUUUAAGCCACUACAUGCAUCAGCAUUAUGUACUAUUUGACUUUAGUAAUCAAGUCAUACGACAUACUAUGCCUGAACUGUAUUA